AUAAGCUCAAUAGGAUCAUCAUAGUUUAAGUUUUGUUUAAAUCAUGGACAUUCAUCAUUUAAAUCUCUAUAGAGUCUCCAUCAAAAGAACUGAUUGAAUAACACUUUAUAAUUGUAAACAGCACACUAACUCACUCUAAUAAUAACGCAAACUAUGACAGAAUACGAAAUGAAUGAGGAAACACAGCUUACUAAAAAGCAUUUCAAGGGAUCAACAUCAUUUCUUGAUGAGCAGGAAAAGAAAGAUGAACCGAUAGAGAUGAACAUGUACACCAUCAAGAAAACCAUCUCUCAAGGUAUGUUAGAUGGCGCUCUCAUCAUGGCGAAUGCAUCACAACUAAAGUCUCUACUUCUUGGAGGGAAGCAUCGAUUCUACUAUGUUCUCCUUGCAAUGAUCAGUCUCUCAUUGGCUCUGCAGGUUAUGACCGGAAUUGUACUGCUCUACAUCGGCAAAGGGGAUAUCAAUAAUAAGAAACAACAAGAAAGCUUGGACAGGUGGAAUAAUCGAGCCACUGCUUUUGUGUUCCUCGUUACCGUGGUUAACAUUAUCAUCUCUGUGUUUAAUCUCCAAGGAGAGACAUUUCCACAUUAAAGAUACACAUGAAAACAAUUAAAGGGGGAUCAAAGAAUAGAGGCAUGAGACACAUCACAAAGGCGUGCAUAUUAAAGAUUGAUUCCAUUACACUGGUACUUCAAAUAAUGGAGUUUAUUGUACUUAGCCUUAUUCAGUGGGGUGUGAUAUACUCCAGUGAAGCUAAAGUCUUUUUUUUGUAGUAAAGAUUAAUAAAUGUAUUUUUUAAAAUGCCAUUUAAUAUCUGGUAUUUUUAUCUAGUUUCAAGAGGAAUGUUCCGAAAGUGCAUAUUCUCAAAAACUAUUUU